CAUACGAUUGCCAACAUGCUUAAAUGCAGUGGCUCACAGCUGUGGAGCUUGGACUUUUGAAGGGUCGCCAUCCACUUCUGAAAGAUGUUGAUGUCACUAUAAAUCCUUCAAAGGGUUUAUCAUUGGUAGGAGGUAGAUCUUUUGGUAAGAGUGGUAGAAGAGACAAGCUCUUGAAUCUUCCUAAUACAGACAGUAUUGACAGCCAAGAAAACAGUAUUACAGCUGGCAUCCAAUCAAAAUCUAGACAAGAAUCAAGAGGACCUGAACUCGACAUGAAAAGAUUGAAACAAGAGGGCAAAGGUUUAGAGAAUCAAAGCAGUGAUGUUAAUGCUGAAUUUAUAGAUGGAACAAAUCCUAUUGAUGAUGAAAGAGGCCAGGUGCUACAGACUGCAGGAACGGUUAUUAAUAUGGUUGAUGUGACUAUUCCAGGCACUCUGUCGGAAGAACAGAAAAAGAAGGUCCUGAAUGCUGUGGGUCAAGGGGAGACACUAAUGAAAGCUUUGCAAGAUGCUGUCCCUGAAGAUGUCCGCGAAAAGCUUACGACUUCUGUUUCUGAAAUUUUGCAGAGUCAAGGGUCUAAUCUAAAAUUUGAGAGGCUUCUAAGUUUGGGACACAUAUCUGAUGUGGCAGCAGGAUUAAACUCAAAAGUACUAGAAAAAAUUAGACUUGCAAAAGGAGGUGAUGAUGGUCACUCCCCCGAUCAGCAGAAGAGGAUAAAUCAUUUGGGUGAUGGUUCUGGUAAAGUCCUCCAUAGCUCAGACAAGCCUCCAGGAGUUCUGGAAUCAGAAUUUCAGUCGUCGGAGAAUUCACAGAAACCCAUUGACACAGGUCAAUUUCUACCUACAAGCACUAACAAUUACGAUGAUCCAGGCUCAGAGAAAGUGGACAUGAAUGAAGUGGGGAAUAAUCACGAAAAUGCACAAUUCUCCCGAGGAAAUGCUGGCCAUUCCUCUGAUGAUGGGAAUACACGGGAAACAAGUGAUAGACCCGAGUUAUCCAAUCAGUAUGAAGGGCCUGGUAUCACUGAGGAAAUUGUUUCAGAG